GUAUUAUUUUUCUUAAUUAUUUGCUGCAUUUGGAUAAUCCACAAAUUUUGUGCGCGCCUUAAAAUAAAGAAAGAAGAUAUUUUGGCGGUGCGUUGAACUCUCACUGAUCUCCAAUGAUGAUGCUGCACCUCCACAACCCUCUUCCUCACUCUCCUCCUUCUUCCUCCUCCUCCUCCUCCGGAAACUCAUUAUUUCUCCUUGGUAAUCAUCAUUACCAUGUAAACAACUGGAAGAGUAGUUGUCAAUUGGAAGAAACUGUCAGAUUCUUACAUAACAAUCAUAAGAGACACAAGAAAUGUUCUCCGAUCCGUUCUUCUCUACCUUCUAUUGAUCAAUUGAUUAAUGCUCGUGUUAUAUAUUCCGUUGCUCCUUCCAUGGGCCACAACCAGGAGGCUCAUCCAGAAUCACAUUUUAGAGUUCCUGCAAUUGUCAAUGCUUUGGAAGAAAUGAAACUCACUUCAAAGUUUCGUGGCUCUGAGGUCAUUGAACUUCAACAUUUUGAGCCUGCCUCGACCGAUGACAUUGCAAGUGUGCAUGCAAGAUCCUAUGUUUCUGGGCUUGAAAAGGUUAUGGAUCAAGCUUUGGAGAAGGGUCUUAUUGUCAUUGAUGGUUCUGGACCAACAUAUGCUACUUCUACUACCUUCCAGGAGUCAAUAGUAGCAGCUGGUGCUGGAUUAGCCUUAGUUGACUCAGUGGUUGCAGCUUCAAAGAUAAACAAAGAUUCACCUACUGGUUUUGCUUUGAUAAGACCACCAGGACAUCACGCUAUUCCACAAGGCCCUAUGGGCUUCUGCAUUUUUGGAAAUGUGGCAAUUGCGGCUCGUCAUGCUCAGCGUGUUCAUGGACUGAAGCGUGUGUUUAUAAUUGACUUUGAUGUUCACCAUGGAAAUGGAACAAAUGAUGCAUUUUAUAAUGAUCCAGAUGUAUUUUUCCUUUCCUUCCACCAAGACGGAAGCUAUCCAGGUACAGGAAAAUUUGACGAGGUAGGUGCUGGGGAUGGUUUAGGAACCACACUAAAUCUGCCUCUUCCUGGAGGUUCUGGCGAUACUACAAUUAGAACUGUGUUCGAUGAAGUUAUUGUACCUUGUGCUCAAAGAUUUAAACCAGACAUCAUUCUUGUUUCUGCUGGGUAUGACGGCCACGUGUUAGAUCCACUAGCUAAUCUUCAAUUAACAACGGGAACAUAUUACAUGCUUGCGUCCAAUAUUAAACAACUGGCAAAAGACUUAUGCAGGGGUCGAUGCGUAUUUUUCUUGGAAGGAGGAUAUAAUCUCAAGUCUCUUUCGUAUUCAGUGGCAGACACAUUUCGUGCUCUUCUUGGGGACAAAAGCUUGGCAUCUGAGUUUGAUAACCCAAACAUUUUGUAUGAAGAGCCAUCAAAAAAGGUUAAGCAAGCAAUUCAGAGGAUAAAAUGCAUUCAUUCCUUGUGAUGUUAAAAACCAAAACCUGCCUUGAGUGGUCAUCGUCCCACUUGUCACAUAGAAGAAGCAAAUCCAUCGUGCAAGAUUGCUGUGGUCUUUCAAUGAAAACUCCACUCUUGUCUUAGCACUUAUCGGUGUAAAUAGUAAUUAAUUUUGUCAAAUGAUUAUGGCAAAUUAUUCAUGUGUAAACUAAUUUUCUUAUAUUCCGUUGCCAUUAAGUCAAAGGGUAUUCUCAUUCCAAAAACACUUGAGAAUUUUACAUAUGUAUCGUACAUCCAAAGUUACUUCUGCUCGUUUCAAGUAUUGGAAUAUUAUUCCCAGAAAA